GGGCACCGACGGGGCGAGCGCGCGUCUGCAGCGGGACUGAGCGCCGGGAGAGACCUGCGCAGGCGCAGGCGCGCGGGGAGGGCCAGCCUGGGUGGCCCACCCCGCGCCUGGCGGGACUGGCCGCCAACUCCCCUCCGCUCCAGUCACUCGUCUGGAGCUUGAAGAAGUGGGUAUUCCCCUUCCCACCCCAGGCACUGGAGGAGCGGCCCCCCGGGGAUUCCAGGACCUGAGCUCCAGGAGCUGGACUCGCAGCGACCGCGGCAGAGCGAGCGGGCGCCGGGAAGCGAGGAGACGCCCGCGGGAGGCCCAGCUGCCCGGAGCAACUGGCAUGGCCCGAGCCAUGGCCGCCGCGUGGCUGCUGCUGCUGGUGGCGCUACUGGUGCUGUCCUGGCCACCCCCAGGAACUGGGGACGUCGUCGUGCAGGCGCCCACCCAGGUGCCCGGCUUCUUGGGCGACUCCGUGACGCUGCCCUGCUACCUACAGGUGCCCAACAUGGAGGUGACGCACGUGUCACAGCUGACUUGGGCGCGGCAUGGUGAAUCUGGCAGCAUGGCCGUCUUCCACCAAACGCAGGGCCCCAGCUACUCGGAGUCCAAACGGCUGGAAUUCGUGGCAGCCAGACUGGGCGCGGAGCUGCGGAAUGCCUCGCUGAGGAUGUUCGGGUUGCGAGUCGAGGAUGAAGGCAACUACACCUGCCUGUUCGUCACAUUCCCGCAGGGCAGCAGGAGCGUGGAUAUCUGGCUCCGAGUGCUUGCCAAGCCCCAGAACACAGCUGAGGUUCAGAAGGUCCAGCUCACUGGAGAGCCAGUGCCCGUGGCCCGCUGCGUCUCCACAGGGGGUCGCCCGCCGGCCCAAAUCACCUGGCGCUCAGACCUGGGCGGGAUGCCCAAUACGAGCCAGGUGCCAGGGUUCCUGUCUGGCACAGUCACUGUCACCAGCCUCUGGAUAUUGGUGCCCUCAAGCCAGGUGGACGGCAAGAAUGUGACCUGCAAGGUGGAGCACGAGAGCUUUGAGAAGCCUCAGCUGCUGACUGUGAACCUCACCGUGUACUACCCCCCAGAGGUAUCCAUCUCUGGCUAUGAUAACAACUGGUACCUUGGCCAGAAUGAGGCCACCCUGACCUGUGAUGCUCGCAGCAAUCCAGAGCCCACAGGCUAUAAUUGGAGCACGACCAUGGGUCCCCUGCCACCCUUUGCUGUGGCACAGGGCGCCCAGCUCCUGAUCCGUCCUGUGGACAAACCAAUCAACACAACUUUAAUCUGCAACGUCACCAAUGCCCUAGGAGCUCGCCAGGCAGAACUGACCGUCCAGGUCAAAGAGGGACCUCCCAGUGAGCACUCAGGCAUGUCCGGUAAUGCCAUCAUCUUCCUGGUUCUGGGAAUCCUGACUUUUCUGAUCCUGCUGGGGAUCGGGAUUUAUUUCUAUUGGUCCAAAUGUUCCCGUGAGUUCCUUUGGCACCGUCAUCUGUGUCCCUCGAGUACGGAGCAUGCCAGCGCCUCAGCUAAUGGGCAUGUCUCCUAUUCAGCUGUGAGCAGAGAGAACAGCUCUUCCCAGGAUCCACAGACAGAGGGCACAAGGUGACAGCGUCGGGACUGAGAGGGGAGAGAGACUGGAGCUGGCAAGGACAUGGGCCUCCAGAGUUGGACCCGACCCCAAUGGAUGAAGACCCCCUCCAAAGAGACCAGCCUCCCUCCCUGUGCCAGACCUCAAAAAGAGGGGGGCAGGUGCAAGUUCAUAGGUCUCCAAGACCACCCUCCGUUCAUUUGCUAGAAGGACUCACUAGACUCAGGAAAGCUGUUAGGCUCACAGUUACAGUUUAUUACAGUAAAAGGACAGAGAUUAAGAUCAGCAAAGGGAGGAGGUGCACAGCACACGUUCCACGACAGAUGAGGCGACAGCUUCCAUCUGCCCUCUCCCAGUGGAGCCAUAUAGGCAGCACCUGAUUCUCACAGCAACAUGUGACAACAUGCAAGAAGUACUGCCAAUACUGCCAACCAGAGCAGCUCACUCAAGAUCUUUGUGUCCAGAGUUUUUUGUUUGUCUUGAGACAGGGUCUGGCUCUGUUGGCAGACUGGAGUACAGUGGUGAGAUCACAGUUCAUUGCAGCCUUGACUUCUCAACGCCAAGUCAUCCUCCCACCUCAGCCUCCUGAGUAGCUACGACUACAGGUAUGUGCCACCACGUCUGGCUAAUCUUUUUAUUAUUUGUAAAGUCGAGGUUUCCCUGUGUUGCCCAGGCUGGUCUUGAACUCUUGGCUUCAAGUGAUACUUCUGCCUUGGCCUCCCAAAGUGCUGAAUUAAGCAGCUCACCAUCCACACGGCUGACCUCAUACAUCAAGCCAGCACCGUGUGGCCCAAGACCCCCACCAUAAAUCACAUCAUUAGCAUGAACCACCCAGAGUGGCCCAAGACUCCCAGAUCAGCUACCAGGCAGGAUAUUCCAAGGGCUUAGAGAUGAAUGCCCAGGAGCUGAGGAUAAAGGGCCCGAUCUUUCUUUGGGCAAGGUUAAGCCUUUACUGCAUAGCAGACCACACAGAAGGGUGUGGACCACCAGAGAAUUUUGGUAAAAAUUUGGCCUCUGGCCUUGAGCUUCUAAAUCUCUGUAUCCGUCAGAUCUCUGUGGUUACAAGAAACAGCCACUGACCCUGGUCACCAGAGGCUGCAAUUCAGGCCGCAAGCAGCUGCCUGGGGGGUGUCCAAGGAGCAGAGAAAACUACUAGAUGUGAACUUGAAGAAGGUUGUCAGCUGCAGCCACUUUCUGCCAGCAUCUGCAGCCACUUUCUGCCAGCAUCGGCAGCCAGCAAGCUGGGACUGGCAGGAAAUAACCCACAAAAGAAGCAAAUGCAAUUUCCAACACAAGGGGGAAGGGAUGCAGGGGGAGGCAGCGCUGCAGUUGCUCAGGACAUGCUCCUAUAGGACCAAGAUGGAUGCGACCCAAGACCCAGGAGGCCCAGCUGCUCAGUGCAACUGACAAGUUAAAAAGGUCUAUGAUCUUGAGGGCAGACAGCAGAAUUCCUCUUAUAAAGAAAACUGUUUGGGAAAAUACGUUGAGGGAGAGAAGACCUUGGGCCAAGAUGCUAAAUGGGAAUGCAAAGCUUGAGCUGCUCUGCAAGAGAAAAUAAGCAGGACAGAGGAUUUGCUCUGGACAGAGAUGGAAGAGCCGGGAACAGAGAAGUGUGGGGAAGAGAUAGGAACCAGCAGGAUGGCAGGGGCAAAGGGCUCAAGGGUGAGGAGGCCAGUGGGACCCCACAGAGUUGGGGAGAUAAAGGAACAUUGGUUGCUUUGGUGGCACGUAAGCUCCUUGUCUGUCUCCAGCACCCAGAAUCUCAUUAAAGCUUAUUUAUUGUACCUCCA